AUGAAUCAAGGUCAGCCCUACAUGGAGGUCAAUCAGCCGCAUCCGCAGGGCUCUGGGCCGCCGCCUGGCAUGCCGCAGUACCCCAACUACGGUCAUCCCAUCCAGCCUGCUGCCCACGGCUAUGCUCCUGCCUACCCCCCGCAGUAUUCUUACACCAUGGCUCCCAUGCAGAACGGGCACCCCGUGACUUCGUCCAUGGCCGGCCCGAUGGUGCCCCAAGCCUUGCCUCUGCCCACCAUGGCGUCCAAUGGCCCUCCUCCGCCUCCUCCACCCCCGCCCGGCUCCCAAUAUGGCGGAAACUUUGAUCAAACGGGUCAGAUCGCGCCGCACGGCAUGAAGCCGCGAGUCACCGCUACUCUCUGGGAAGAUGAAGGCAGCUUGUGCUUCCAGGUCGAGGCGAAUGGCGUGUGUGUGGCUCGGCGUGAAGACAACCACAUGAUUAACGGCACCAAGCUCUUGAACGUCGCUGGAAUGACGCGCGGUCGUCGCGAUGGUAUUCUCAAGAGCGAGAAGACGAGGCACGUGGUCAAGAUUGGGCCGAUGCAUCUCAAGGGUGUUUGGAUCCCGUACGAGCGCGCGCUGGACUUUGCGAACAAGGAGAAGAUCACCGAGCUACUCUACCCGCUUUUCGUGCACAACAUCGGCGCUCUGCUCUACCACCCCACGAAUCAAGCGCGCCAGAGCGUUGGCAAUGGUCCGAUGGCCGGCCGUCGUCCCGAUUCGGGGCCAGAGUACCUGCGGACUCCUCAAGGUACACAUCCGCCUCCUCUCACCCAACACCACUCCAUGUCUACCCCGGUCGGCGCACAGCCGCCGCACUCCAUCGCUCCGCAUCCAGCUGCGGGCCGGCCAGGAAUCGAUCGUGCGCAUACCUUCCCGACCCCUCCCACUAGCGCAACCAGUCUGACCAUGGGCAUGGGCAAUACAGGCAGCUCGUACGAGUAUGGCGGUGCGCACGCAGGUGGCAUGCAUUCAGGUCAGCCCCUCUCCAUUGACACGGGCAUGCCUGCGAGAUCUGUACCAACAACUCCAGCCUCCACUCCACCUGGCAACGGCCAGGGUAUGCAAUACCAGACCAGCCAGCCCUACGACUCGUCGCGCCAGAUGUACUCUGCGCCGGCGGCGUACGCUGGCUACCCGAGCCAAACCCACAUGCCUCGCUACCCCGGCAUGCAGUCCAGCCCUGGCAGCAUCAAGACUGAGAUGGGCCCGCCCGCACGUGGUGGCGAGCACGAAAGCAAGCAUCACGAGGGUUACGGCCCUCAUGAUGCCGAUGGAGAACACGAGGGUGAAUACACUCACAGCAGUGGGUCCUACGACGCCCGACGACCACCCUACGCUUACAAGCCUAACGCUGCGCCAGGAGCGAUGCACCCCGACUCUACCCACGUCUCCCCCGAGAUGAACCACUCCCCGCAUGGGAACGGGUCGGGCAGAGCGACUCCACGCACCGCCGUCCCCUACGCCGGCUACACCACCACGCCGCAGCGACAGGGCCAGUUGCCAGCCAGCAAUCUGGCAUACGUGAUGGGCAAUGACGCCCGUGCCGGCGCUCCCAACGGCCAAGAGUCCUACCCUCCUUCGAGCGCUUACGCGCCUGCUCCUCACUACCCCACGAUGAACGGCCCGAGCCCUUCCAACAAGCGCAUGCGUGAGGUUGACGACGAGCAAGACGUGUAUGGACGUCCUUUGAGCGCCGGCGGCGACAACGGCGCCAAGAGACAGCGCACCGACGCGGGCAUGGCCAAUUCUCGCCCCAUCGCGCAGCCGCACUCUGUCAAAGCAGGCGGGCCGAGACGAUAG